UUAAAGCCGGAGCUGUGUGAGCAGACAGGCGGGGAGAGCAGGCCCACUCCGCUCCACAUCCACGAGCUUUUCAAUCUCAGCUGAAAGCCGGUGUGAGGUGAAAGGGACCGACAGGCUGUCUGCGCCGCGGGGGAUGUGCGCACACAAUGGGAGACGACUCACUGGCACCGUCCGGGACACGGCGGUAGAAUAAUAUUUACCGCUCGGUUUGUGUGUAAGGGAGACGCGGAUACCGGAGCAGGAUCCAGAGCUGUCAGUGCAGGACUCCCCCCAGUGCUGUUAAAGAACUCCUGCCGCUAGAAACGUGUUUUUCCAUGUCGGGGGUCGCCUCGGUGUGACGGAGGACGCGCCUGUUUGUUGCAUCCAGUUUAAUAUUCCGCUGGGAUGAACCCGGAAUGUAUUUCCUGCAUCAAAGUUUGCACAUCUGGAGGAGUCGGUUAUUGCCCUGCAGCAGGGUUUCUCUCUCUGUGUAACCCGUUCUGUGAAGUUCAUUCAUGUUUCAAUCCAUACAGUGUGCAGAGCACAGUGAGUAGCACCCGCAGGACUCCUCUUUUCAUUAGGUCAGGAGGAGAACUGGAGGAUCUCUGCUUCAUUAGAGGCUGCAGACGGUAAUAGUGAUGUACCUGCUCGACAGCAACUGCACUGACAGGAUGGAGAGGGGCACGCCUCAGAGGAAGACCGUGUACCGGAUCUCCCUCACUUUGGUGAAGAGGGAGAGUUUAGAUGAGGAUGAUGGUGAUGGAGGGUCCCGGCGGGCGGAGAACCCCAAGGGGGUCCGGCGGGAGUGCUCUGUGGAGAUCCAGCGCAGAGGGCUGCUGGAGCAGCUGAAGGAGGUGGAGGACGAGUCGGACGACUUCUCGUCUUCUCACGGCCUCAUGAGGAACUUCAGGACGUUCAGCACGGGCCAGCUGGAGAUGGGGAGGCUGAAGCUCGCCAGGAAGCUUCGCCUACAGAAGGAGCUGAAGGAGAAGGCCGCCAGCCCUGUAGCGGAGAACAUGCCGAGUCAGGGGGACGUGCAGGGGGGGCAGGAAGCAGAGGAUUCAGUCAGACUUAAAGAUGAGGUUUGCACUGAAGCAGCUGCUGUGGACACGAAGAAGAAGCUCUUGAAAGCAAAGAGCAUGGAGGAGAAGAGCUGUGAUGCUCCCUCCAGGAGCAACGGGAAAGCUUCGUCCCCUGAGACCCCCCCUCUGAAGCGCCCGCCUGGCCUCCUGCGCCGCAGCUUCAGCUUCAGACACUGGACCGGCGGCGAGCUUCUGCGCCUGCGUGCGCUCUCCAAAGACAAACACCACAGCAGCUCCGGCUGCAUCGCCUGUGAUGCUGCGCCCAACGCUGGCGAGAAGGAGGCUCCCGUGGUGCCCCCGGCUCCUCGCCUGGACCCCACCAGGCAGAAGAGCAGGACCCUGGAGGUCGGCGCCCUGCUGAACAAGACGGACUCCAUGUCCGAGCUGAGCCGCCGGGAGAGAGCGCGGGGGAACAAGAACCGCACGCUGGACAACAGCGACCUGUUGCGGCUGUCGGCCGAGAAGGACGCGUCAGGGGGGGGCUUUCUGCUGCGGGGAGGGGGAGGGCGCUCUAGCGAGAGGCGGCUGGUUCGCUUCUUCAGCGGGAUCUUCUCCAGGAGGGACGGGGCGUCCAGCUCCCCGGUGGGGAGCCCCGGCACCAACCGGUCGCUGCGGCAGGGCAGGAGGACGGUGCUGUCGCAGUCCAGCAUCGAGAGCAUGAGCGGAGGCAGCGCUGAAGAUGCGUUUGUGAACAGUCAGGAGUGGACGCUGAGCCGGACCGUUCCAGAACUGAAAGUGGGCAUUGUGGGUAACCUGGCCAGCGGUAAGUCGGCGCUGGUCCACAGGUACCUGACGGGAACGUACGUGCAGGAGGAAUCACCUGAAGCUGACGUGGACGCAGGCGGACGCUUCAAGAAGGAGAUCGUGGUGGACGGGCAGAGUCACCUGCUGCUCAUCCGGGAUGAAGGGGGCCCCCCGGAGGCUCAGUUUGCGUUGUGGGUCGACGCUGUGAUCUUCGUCUUCAGUCUGGAGGAUGAGAUCAGCUUCCAGACGGUUUAUCAUUACUUCAGCCGCCUCGCCAACUUCAGGAACGCCGCCGACCUGCCGCUCGUCCUCGUCGGCACGCAAGACGCCAUCAGCUCAGCCAACCCGAGAGUGAUCGACGACAGCCGAGCCAGGAAGCUGUCCAACGACCUGAAGCGCUGCACGUACUACGAGACCUGCGCCACCUACGGCCUCAACGUGGAGCGCGUCUUCCAGGACGUCGCCCAGAAGAUCGUGGCCACCAGGAAGAAGCAGCAGCUGUCCAUCGGGCCGUGCAAGUCGCUGCCCAACUCCCCGAGUCACUCGUCCGUCUGCGCCACGCAAGUGUCCGCCGUGCACAUCAGCCAGACGAGUAACGGCGGCGGCAGUCUGAGCGACUACUCGUCGUCGGUGCCGUCCACGCCGAGCACCAGCCAGAAGGAGCUGCGCAUCGACGUGCCGCAGACCACCAACACGCCCACGCCCGUCCGGAAGCAGUCCAAGCGCCGCUCCAACCUCUUCACCUCGAGGAAGGCGAGCGAGCCGGACAAGGACAAGAAAGGCCUGGAGGCUCGAGCCGACAGCAUCGGCAGCGGGCGCGCCAUCCCCAUCAAACAGGGCAUGCUGCUGAAGAGAAGCGGCAAGUCCCUCAACAAGGAGUGGAAGAAGAAGUACGUGACGCUGUGUGACAACGGACUGCUCACCUACCACCCGAGUCUGCAUGACUACAUGCAGAACGUUCACGGGAAGGAGAUCGACCUGCUGAGGACGACGGUGAAGGUGCCGGGGAAGAGGCCGCCUCGCGCCGUGUCCGCCUGCGCCGCCGUGCCGAGUCCCAAAACCAACGGCCUGACGAAGGACAUGAGCAGCCUGCAGCUCGGACAGACUCCAGGCUCGGUGACCAGCAGCUCGUCGGUGUCUCAGAUGGCGAGUGGCGUCAGCCUGGUGUCCUUCAACAGCCGCGGCCUGGAGGGGAUGCACCAGCGCUCGUACUCCGUGUCCAGCGCCGACCAGUGGACCGACGCCACCGUCAUCGCCAACUCCGGAGUCAGCACAGACACUGGACUGGGAGACUCUGUGUGCUCCAGUCCCAGCAUCUCCAGCACCACCAGUCCCAAGAUGGAGCCGCCUCCAUCGCCGCACGCCAACCGCAAGAAGCACCGCAGGAAGAAGAGCACCAGCAACUUCAAAGCCGACGGCCUCUCUGGUACUGCGGAAGAACAAGAGGAGAACUUUGAGUUCACCAUCGUGUCUCUGACGGGGCAGACGUGGCACUUCGAGGCCACGUCGUACGAGGAGCGCGACGCCUGGGUUCAGGUCAUCGAGAGCCAGAUCCUGGCCAGCCUGCAGUCCUGCGAGAGCAGCAAGAACAAGUCUCGUCUGACGAGCCAGACGGAGGCCAUGGCGCUGCAGACCAUCCGGAGCAUCAGAGGAAACGGACGCUGUGCCGACUGUGAAGCCCAGAACCCGGACUGGGCGAGUCUGAACCUCGGGGCGCUGAUCUGCAUCGAGUGCUCGGGGAUCCACAGGAACCUGGGCACCCACCUGUCCCGGGUCCGCUCCCUGGACCUGGACGAGUGGCCGCUGGAGCUCAUCAGGGUCAUGUCGGCCAUCGGCAACGAGCUCGCCAACAGCGUGUGGGAGGCCAACGCGCAGGGACGCCUCAAACCUGCGCCGGACGCCAGCAGGGAGGAGAGGGAGCGCUGGAUCCGGGCGAAGUACGAGCAGCGGCUGUUCGUGGCGUCGCUGCCCGGCACCGACCUCUCUCUGGGCCAGCAGCUGCUGAGGGCGACGGCGGAGGAAGACCUGCGCGCCGUCGUCCUGCUGCUCGCACACGGGUCCCGACAGCAGGUCAACGAGACCUGCGGCGACGGAGACGGACGCAACGCGCUGCACCUCGCCAGCCGCAAGGGCAACGUGGUCAUCACGCAGCUCCUGCUCUGGUAUGGCGUGGAUCUGAAUGCGAGGGACGCCCAUGGCAACAGUGCGAUGGCGUACGCCCGGCAGGCCAGUAGCCAGGAGUGCGUGGACACGCUGGCCCAGUACGGCUGCCCCGACGAGCGCUACCCGCUCAUGGCCACGCCCAACUUGUCGCGCCGCAACACCAACCGCAACAACAGCUGCAGCAGCGCCGGGAGCGCCGCGCUCAUCUGACCCGGGAGAUCUGUGUGACAAACAAAACCCCGAUUUGGGAGAGCUUUUAUUUUGGGAACCACUAGUGACUCGCCAGCCUCACGCCGGCUUGUUAACACUUGAUUCGUGGUGAAGCUUCGGGGGAAACCCCAAAGCAUGGUGGGAAAUGUGGUCCACAAUCAACCCUCGUCAGAGCAUUUUGGGAAAUAAUCACAUGACUUAUGACGGCCAAUGACGCCGUCUGAAGCUCUAUCAUCAUACCUCAUCACACUAUGAUUUAAAACUACAUGGACACUUUUUAUCAGACAUCCGUCUCGCCAAAACAUAUCGUCCUCUCUGUGAGCACGAAACGAAGAAAACUGUGAGACGGGAUAAUUGAAGGAAACGGGGGGGUGGGGGGGGGGUCUUCGUAGCAUGCCCACAUCACCACUCGAGGACUCCUGUCUGUACGACCUGCAGUGUUUCACCUGAACUUUUUCUUUUGUGAAGUCUCUGUUCACGGGUUUGUUAUGUGAAAAAUAUCUUGAUGUUUAUAAAAAAAAAAAAAAAAGCGAUAUCAGAUCUGAGAGGUAGAAGAAGAAGAAGUGUGAUAGAUUGCAUGUCCUAGACACUUUUCUUUUCUCCUUUUUAAUUUAAGGCAUUUCUCCUGGAUUGUGUAUAUUAUAUCUUGUGCAUUGCUGGACCAAUCGUUUAAACGUCCGCACGGGGGGGGGGGGGGGGGGGGGUCGUUUGUAUAAAGUGUACAGAAGCUCUUGUCAGGCUCAGGGACCGUCGGUCAUAAACACUCCGUCGUCUUCUCCCAGCAUCCUUACAUCAGGGUUUCAGUUCUCAGUAAACGUAUAGAUAACGUGCGGCCUCUUCUCGAGCUGGACGGUGUUUUCAGUGCAUUGUUUGGCCUAUAAAACGUGAGACGUCCGUCAAUGUCAUAGCCACUCUCACUUUAACGUCAUUGAAUUCAGACUCUUUAUUUAUUGUAAAGUGAAAUGACACUUAACUGAGGACUACAAAAGAUUCAUAUUGUCGGACAAAUUGAGUUUAUUGUCCAGCUCGGGAUGUUAUUUCUUUCUCUAUAUGUUGGAUUUAAUUGAAGUUCCUGAAGUGUAAGCAUCUUAAACCCCAGUCCCAUUUCCACCCUGCUUUAUAAUGUUUAAUUUAAACUGUCCCUGAAUUGAAUUCUUUGUGUUUUAUCAUGUAAACAAUGGGAAUGAAAAGGAAGCAGCUGCACGGAGCGAAAGGGAAAAUUAAUCUGCUUCUUUUUCUUCUUCUUCAGGUGUUUUCAUAUAAUCUGCUGUUAUCUCGGACAAAUCAGUGGCGAGAGGAGACGAGUUGCUUUUCACUGUUCAUUUCAGCUAAAACUCACUUUUACUGUUGACAGACGUGAACAUGAUAUAAGUAACAAGAUAGUGUUUCUGUAAAAUCUGUCUAUAAUGGUAUUUGAAUGAGUUCACGCUAGUUUCCUCCAGUCCCGUCCAAUCAGACAGGCUCUCUGACUGCUCAGCGAAUCACAAAGAAGGGCUUCUUCUUCUCUGGUCUGGAAACCUCCUUGAUGUAAAUAAUCUUUCUCCGUCACUUUCUGUCUUUAAAGGUGACAUCGUGUAUAUUAGAGAACACAGGAAGUACUUCCUGUACGCCGGGAUGUCGCAUUGCAGAGUGGAAGUGAUUUAUUCUAAAGUGUGUUUGUUGUGUGGGAAAAACAAACACCAGUAAGAACUGAAUGUGUUUGAGCUCAUUCAGGGCAGGAAGUUAAACUUUUGCAGGUAACGAGGCGUUUAAACCAGUAAACCGGUGGUUCCCAGUCUGUACGAGAAAUCUCCCCCAAAAAGCAACAUUUACUCUACACACACGGCUGUAAUCAAGACCACUUCAGACUGAGCCGUUUCCAGAAUGAGUCCAAACGGGGUCAAGUUUGGACCAAGACCCAUGAAGACCAAACGGUGCCCAUUCUGGAGCCCAAAAGGUCGGGAACCACUGGUUUAAAGAUGCACUUGCAAUGAAUCGUGAACGUCGCAGGUUAAUAUCAGGUGUUGUCACAUAUAGACAUAAUUGUGAACACCCCUUUCCUACCCCUGGAGACCCCUGGAGACGUGGAUCUGACUGAGCGUUGACUUCUUUUGGUAGCUGGACGCGAAACUUGUCGACUGAACGCGAACCGAUCAGGAUUGUCGGGACAAAAGCUCCUUAACCUCGACGUUUUCUGCGUGAUUUAUACCUUCAACACUAUGCUAAGCACCGGCUGCUCGUCUCUUUGCUUCUCUUUACUGUUUCGUCCUCCCAAUUUUAACGUGAAGGUUGAGGAGCAGCUCUCAACCCGACUGUGUAUCCAAGCAAUAUUCAUUGACACAUCGAUCACUGUUGUACCGUAACUUCAUACGCUGCAAUAUUGCCAUUAAACCACAAACACUCUGUCUGUUUGUAGAAAAGUAAGCGCUAAAAGAAAAUCAUGACGCUUUCCUACUUAUGUCUUUUUUGUUUUACACACCUGCCUUUACGUUCCUAAUUUCGUCCACCUUGUACGUGCCAGUCAUCUCAAAGAUGGCAUUUGAUCCAGAGGUUUGACCGCAACUUGUGUUUUCAAAGUGUUUGAUUUGAUUUAUGUUUUUGUAUCCGACUCGUCCCGCAUCUGUCCUGAACCAGGACAGCAGGACAAGGCAAAGACGUCCUUUUAUUUAUGACAGAAAUGCACUAAUUUUGAUUCAGUCCGUCUUUCCACUACAGCUUCGUUUUCUUCUAUUAUCUUGAACUGACGUAUUUCUCUAAGCGGCGGCGGAUCCUGGCGGUUUCCUCUAAACUGAUUUUUGAUCGUAUUUUGAAAGCAUCUAAAUUCUGAGCAACAAGUCGAAUUCACGUGAGCAGAGAAAGCUUCUGCUUUUUAAAUGAUUGUAGGCACCAAGAUCAUCGGUCACCAGGUUAUUGAUGUCUGCUUCACCUCUAUGUGUUCUCGUCUGGUAUUAAACAACCGACGUGGUCAAGUUUUGAAUUAAGAACAAGUCCAAAUUUAGACACGUUUGAAUCAAAACUGUCAAUGGGAUAACGCUAACCUGCAGCUAGCAGAGAGCAUGUUAGCAUGGCAGCAUUGUUUCAGCUUGCAGGCAAACUAUCUACUAAAAGCAUCUAUUUUACCAGUAAAAUUCAAGCUCAAGCUACAACUAGCAAUCAGUUAGAAAAACACAGCUAACGGAGCGAAACAAGGACAUGUAUUGUAUCUGCUUAUAACUGUCACAUAGCAUAACUGCUGCUAGCGGUGAACAAACUAGCAAGCUGUUAGCAAACUAUUAAUACUUUCACUUUAAGUCAGUUGAUCUGCUCUUUUUGUCCCUCAGAAGAUCUCCUUCAGUCAGUUUAUAUAAUGUCAUCGCAGCACAGAGAGCUCGGUACGAUCUGUUCUUAAUUGUUUGUAGCCACAGAAACUGCUGAGUCAUCUGUCACUGAAGCUACCUUCAGGUGCCAUGCCUUUGCUCCGAAACUCUGAUACUCUGAAAAAUGUCCGAUUUUUCCGACGGCCCGUUAUCCUGAAAACACGCGCAAUGGGACAUUUCUCAGAUUGUUGGGUUUCGGGCCGUCGGAUCAAUGGGCAGUCCCAUCUUUGGCUGUGUGUUAGCAUGGUUACAACUUGCAAGCUAACUUUACACUGUGCCCCUCAGAAACUAAACACGGAAAGUCGAAAUAUGUUUUAAGACCAGAAACAUCCUGUGAAGCUCCAAGUGCAGCUUCCGUUAGCUAAUCUCAUCUGAGCCACAGCAGCGUGGCGCCAUUUACUCUCUAGCAGGGAUGUUACAAGCUAGGAACAAUGAAGCUCCCUGCUCAUAGAUGAAUCACGUCUGCUUUGAAAGGCGCCGGGAGAACGAGAAAACCGCAUUAAGCGCUAAUAUUUUCUGCUGACCACCUCACCUGUACAUAGACAACAGCAAAACAAAGAAAAAAACUACUCGGUAUGGUCAGUUUGUCUGGUUGUGUUACCUCUUGUAGCCUUUACCCGCUAAGCCCCACCCACCAGGGCUGUCCUCUACAUUAUUUAUAAACGCACCCCGUGAAGAAGACUCCGCCCCCCUCAAACCUACGUUUUUGUAUAUUUUUCUCUGAGUCACCCAGGUUUUCUCAGUAUGAUUUAUCAUCCAGAUACAUUAUUGUUCUUGUUAUUCUAAUUAUUAUUGUUAUUGACUUUUUGUUGGCUGUACAGUACCGUUAAUCUACAGAGUCUUCUACUGUAAUGUGUCUCUUUUCAAUAAAGACGAGAAUAAUGCUUCUUAAUAUAA